AUGGUGCCGUUGGGGCACUUGGCCAAAGGGGCUACUUUGGAAGAUCUUCUUGAAACCUGCAUUCAGUCUUUUGAUUUAGAAGGAAAUGCAUAUCAAAACAACCAGCUGCUAAAGAUAAUUCUGGCUAUGCAUCAGUUUAUCAUCUCCUCUGCAGACAUGCUCCAGAAGCUCAUUGAUCUCUAUCUUAAUGCUUUAGAAAAUAAAUCUUCCAUGCUGUGUGUAAAGAUAUGCUAUUUUGUGAGGUAUUGGAUUACAGAGUUCUGGGUUAUGUUCAAAAUGGACUCUAAACUAUCCACAACUAUGGAGGAAUUUCAAGAACUUGUUAAAGCUAAUGGUGAGGAGUUACACUGUCGUCUAAUUGACACAACUCAAAUAAAUUCUAGGGAUUGGUCUAGAAAGCUGACGCAGCGUGUCAAGGCCAACACCAGUAAGAAACGGAAAGUCUCGCUUCUUUUUGAUCACCUUGAGCCUGAGGAGCUGUCAGACCACCUUACCUAUCUUGAAUUCAAGUCUUUCAGAAGAAUAUCAUUCUCAGAUUAUCAGAACUACAUUGUGAAUAGUUGUGUGAAGGAGAAUCCAACAAUGGAAAGAUCAAUUGCUCUGUGCAAUGGUAUCUCUCAGUGGGUGCAGCUAAUGGUUCUCAGCAGACCAACACCACAGCUUCGGGCUGAAGUGUUCAUCAAGUUCAUUCAUGUUGCACAGAAGCUCCACCAGCUGCAGAAUUUCAAUACAUUAAUGGCAGUGAUAGGAGGUCUCUGUCACAGUUCCAUCUCCAGACUCAAGGAAACAAGCUCAUGUGUUCCUCAUGAUGUAAUUAAGGUGUUUAAUGAAAUGACAGAACUGCUUUCAUCAUACAGAAACUAUGAUAGUUACCGACGUGCCUAUAACGAGUGCAGUAACUUUAAGAUCCCAAUCCUUGGGGUCCACCUGAAAGACUUGAUAUCACUUUAUGAGGGCAUGCCAGACUACUUAGAGGACAAAAAAAUUAACAUAUAUAAACUAUACUCUCUGUAUAACCACAUAAAUGAGCUCAUACAACUCCAGGAAAUGCCACUUCCCUUGGAGGCUAACAUGGACCUUGUUCAUUUGCUUACAUUGUCUCUUGAUCUUUACUACACAGAAGAUGAAAUUUAUGAGCUUUCCUAUGCACGAGAGCCUCGAAGUCACCGAGCUGCUUCUGUCUUCAAAAAUUAUGACCAUGAUCAGGAUGGAUACAUUUCCCAGGAAGAAUUUGAAAAGAUAGCCGCCAGUUUUCCCUUCUCAUUUUGUGUAAUGGCUAAGGACUGGGAAGGUCUGAUUAGCAGGGAUGAAAUAACAGCUUACUUUAUGAGGGCUAGCUCAAUCUAUUCCAAAUUAGGACUUGGCUUUGCUCAUAACUUCCAAGAGACCACUUACUUAAGGCCUACUUUCUGCGACAACUGUGCUGGAUUUCUAUGGGGAGUCAUUAAACAAGGAUACAGAUGCAAAGACUGUGGAAUGAACUGUCACAAGCAAUGCAAAGAUCUGGUGGUGAUAGAGUGCAAGAGAAGACCCAAAACUUUGGUUGCAGAGAGCAGCCCAACAUCUGCUCUUGCUUCAAGCCUCUGCCCCAUGGGAGUCAAAGAGCAAUUCCAUGGACAAGACGAAGGACCAUUCACAUUUCCUAAUGGAGAAGUAGUGGAACACAAUGAAGACAGCAAGGACCGAACCAUUAUGCUCAUGGGUUCCUCAGCUCAGAAAAUCUCAGUGAGACUGAAACCAGCUGUGGUUCAUAAAGGUAUACAGACUGAUACAGUACUCCUGGCUGGUGAUGUAUCUCGUAGGCUGACAGAGAAAAAAGAACAUAAGAUGCCAGAAAAUCCUUAUCUCCAGCCAGCCCCACCAUCCCCAUGUCCAAGCCCAAUUCUAGGCCGCAAAAAGGCAUAUGUUAAAUGGGAAAACAAGGACUCCAGCCAGAAAAUGAAGGAGGAGCAUCACAGCUGUAAACCCUCAUACCAGGAACUUGAGCAGGAAAGAAACAUUCUAAAGGCAGACAAUGAAGGUUUAAAGAUCCAGCUGGAACAGGCACAUAAAACAAUCGAAUCUCUCACAAUCCAGAGAAGAAACCAUGUAGUCGACAACCUACAACACAGAGACUGCUCCUAG